AUGAUCGAUAAGGGUAUGGUGCCACUGCCAUGGUCUCAAAAAUGUCGGGGUAUCGGUAUCUAUUUUUCUAAAGGUUCCGCCAAGAAGACGCAUGACCUUUUUUGA